GUCUGCGCCACGGGGCUGCCCCGAACAAAGAUGGCGCGGCCAGCCUCCAUGCGGGCAGACUGCUGCGAGGAGCCGAGCCCACGGCGGGCAGCCUAGGCAGUGGAGACGGCGCGGCGCGGAGCAUGGAGGAGUGCGGCAGCGCGGGUAGCGUCGGCAGCGACAGCAGCACCAGUGGCAGUGGCGGGGCGCAGCAAAGAGAGCUGGAGCGCAUGGCUGAGGUCCUGGUCACCGGGGAGCAGCUGCGGCUGAGGCUGCAUGAAGAAAAGGUUAUUAAAGAUAGACGACAUCAUCUCAAGACCUACCCAAACUGUUUUGUUGCCAAAGAACUGAUUGACUGGCUGAUUGAGCACAAAGAAGCCUCCGACAGAGAGACGGCAAUUAAGCUCAUGCAGAAAUUGGCUGACCGUGGCAUUAUUCAUCACGUGUGUGAUGAGCAUAAGGAAUUCAAGGAUGUCAAACUCUUCUACCGCUUUAGAAAAGAUGAUGGGACCUUCCCACUGGACAACGAGGUGAAGGCCUUCAUGAGAGGACAGAGACUGUAUGAGAAGUUGAUGAGCCCGGAAAAUACACUGCUGCAGCCCAGGGAAGAGGAGGGGGUCAAGUAUGAACGCACCUUCAUGGCGUCUGAAUUCCUGGACUGGCUGGUUCAGGAAGGUGAAGCUACAACAAGAAAAGAGGCAGAGCAGCUCUGCCACCGGCUCAUGGAGCAUGGCAUCAUACAGCAUGUGUCCAACAAGCACCCAUUUGUGGACAGCAAUCUUCUCUACCAGUUCAGAAUGAACUUCCGUCGGAGGCGAAGAUUGAUGGAGCUGCUCAAUGAGAAGUCCCCCUCAUCCCAGGACACGCAUGACAGUCCUUUCUGCCUGAGAAAGCAGAGCCAUGACAACCGGAAAUCUACCAGCUUUAUGUCAGUCAGCCCCAGCAAAGAGAUCAAGAUUGCGUCGGCCAUGCGGAGGAGCAGUAUGAGCAGCUGUGGCAGCAGUGGCUACUUCAGCAGCAGUCCCACACUCAGCAGCAGCCCCCCUGUACUCUGCAACCCCAAGUCUGUGCUGAAGCGACCCGUCACUUCGGAAGAACUCCUGACCCCUGGGGCUCCAUACGCCAGGAAGACGUUCACGAUUGUUGGGGACGCUGUUGGCUGGGGCUUUGUGGUGAGAGGAAGCAAGCCGUGCCACAUCCAAGCCGUGGACCCCAGUGGCCCUGCCGCAGCAGCAGGAAUGAAGGUCUGCCAGUUUGUCGUCUCUGUCAACGGACUCAAUGUGCUACACGUAGACUACCGGACCGUGAGCAAUCUAAUACUGACGGGCCCACGGACGAUUGUCAUGGAAGUUAUGGAGGAGUUAGAGUGCUGAGUGGCUCUUCCUCCAAGCCCUGCAGAGGCCUGUGGCUGACCAAAGCCAGAAGGAUGCGAGCGGUGCACAUGCAAGACUUCCGUGGGAAAGGAUGGCUUUGGACAUACAAAUCUUUUCUCUGUACAUACUCAUCUUGAGUUGAGCUUCAUACACUGAGUGUGGAAGAAUCGGGUAACAUGUCUUUCAAAACAAGUGUCAGUGUAGAAGACAUUUGGGAAAUAGAGGUUUCCUACAAAAUUGCCUUACUAGAUUUCUAUUUGUAAUUCUUGUUCAUUGUUUUUAAUCAUAGUUUGCGGAAGGUUGUUGACAUGCUUCUCUGGCCAAAACUACAGCAUGCUAAAAUUCUUUUUAUAACUGUCAAUGGAGUAAUUUUUCAGACUUUUAGUGGUACUUUGACCAAAAUUAGCAUGGAACUGUUUGAAAGCAGAUCUGAAAAAGCUCACCAAGCUACAAAUUAAAGCAAUAUUCAAGGGAGUGUGAUUUGUUAACUAGCAUUUUAAAGAAGGUUCUAAAUCAAAUGGUUUUCUUAACUGUUACCUUUAGAACCGGCUUUUAACAUGUUUCAAUCAUGGCGUUAGCUAGGAAACAAAACACAAGAGUACCAUGUGCCAUGGAUGCAGACAAACAGGGAGAUGAUACUUAAAACUGUUUAGCCCAUUUUUUUUCUUUUUGAAUUACAGUGUUUUGUGCUGUAAAUCAGCCAUAGCAGCUUUCUAGAGUGAAUCUCUAAUAUAUUGAAUGUGAAAACAGAGCAGACUGUAUAUAUACAUAGACAAAAUUUGAAGUGAUCAUUCUGGCAAGAUUUCAUUUUGGAAGUGUCCAUUUUUGAAAGAAGUAUUUCAGAACUUGGCCCAUCACCUGUGAUGAAACUUGAAACUCCAUCUUCAUCUGGGUUUUUACUAAUGUUGUAAUAUAGCGUAUUUGACGGACAUGACAUGCUGCUUUUGGGGUGGGGGGGAGACUAUUUUUUGCCAAAAUCAUUAUUUUAUUAUAUAAAUUUCAUCUCGCGUGUAUAUAUGCAUGUUUCUCUUUUUGUCUAGAAAAGAGUGCAUUUGGGGGCUUGAUAGAGAGGAAAUUCCUCAACGUGCCAAACUGGGGAGACAGGAAAUGCUAAGUCUCUUCAUUUCACAUCAUGAAUUUUGAAUGAUGACGUUACUUAUCAUGCAUUAAUAACUAACACAUGAAUGUUUUAGCUUGGCCGUUUCUUUGUGAUGGGUUAUCUAUCAAAUGUCUUGGUGGAAGGGACAUACCAUGCUAAAGGUAGAUGUCAUAUACCAUGCUAUAAGAUGUCAUACUUAUGUAGUUGGUUCUGGAAAUCAAUCUUUCCUGCUCUGUCACAUUAGUCAAAAAAUAGGAUUUUGAAGUAAUAGUAACCAAUAGUAAUUCUGUUGUGCUACAUGUGGACAAAUUGUUGCUUCUAUGUUAUGUGCAUUGAUACUGUAUGCCAGGCUCUGCACCAUCCAUUUAAGGUGUAUGAUCUUUAUUAUUCCUCAUCACAAACCAGCAGCAUGGCUCCUGACAGUCACAUUAUUCAGAUGUCUGAGAAAGAUGAAAAAUGUUCAUGAAGUCCACCCAGCUACUGGAAUGGCUACGUGAUAUAGCCUGAGCUCAGACAAGGGCUUGUUUAAAAAGCCCUGCUACCCCCUCCCCAAUCCUGCCCACUGGGGAACCUUAUAUUGAGAACUUAUUACAUGAUAGAUGCUGUGGGACUUUAUGGCAUUUAUCUGAAUUAACCUGUGAGGUCAGCGUUGAUUGCCCCCAUUUUAGAAAUGCAGAAACUAAUUCCUGAAGAGGCUAGUCCUGUGCCCAACACCACACACUGGGCAAGCAGAUCACCGUUUCUUCCUUGUGAAACAUUUUAGUAGCAUCUUUAAAAUAUAAGCUUAAGUUCUGCCUGCUGAUACUCCUUGGCAAAAGAAGGAAGGAAUGUCAAGAAAUGAAAUCUUGCCUACUACUUCCAUUUUCUGCUCACAGCCUCAUACCCAUUGCCUUAGAGCCUGGCAUCUGUAACUUCCCUUUAGCCAUCCCAGGUACUGGAGAAUUCUGUCUCCUAAUGGAUUCUACAAAGGCUCCUCCUGAUCACAAGGAAAACAGGCAGGCAGGGAGGGAGCAGUUUCCCAUCACCCUCAGUUUAAAGGCCAGUGCCAAAGAACCUCUUAAGGCCAUCAUCAGAGCUCCACCUCCACCCUGCCCUUGACAUCUCACAGAGCAAUGGACACCAACACUCUCACUUCCCUAGGCACCCCACCUUCUCUCCGGCCUGAUUGCUCCCCAAGAUGUUCCUCCUGUUCUGCCUUCCCCAGAAGAUUCUUUCUUAGAUCUCUGUGGAUGUUGUCUCCAUCGAGAAGCUUGUAUGAGUUCUCUAAAUCUGGCGUUAAUGCCCCUUCUCUAAAUUCCCUUGGGCUGUUAUCCCUCACCCUGCCCCUUGUGACUCUGAUGACAUUUACUUAGAAAAAAUUCUGUUACAUGUCUGUCUCCCUAACCACACUGUAAGCACAUGCAGAAUAGCAACUGUGUCUUGCUUGGUAUCAAGGUUGUUCCCUUCAUCUAGCAUAGUUUUGACACAGAGCAGUGUGUCAGUUGUCUGUUGUUGUCUAACAGACCACCCCAUAUCAUAACUACUGCAGCAUUACUUACUUGCUCAUGGUUCUAUGGCGAGAACUGGGCAGAACUAUUGAUGUAGCCCAUCAGUGUUCUGCAGGGGCCGACAGGUUUACCCAGUGAGCACCUGGAGAGGCUGGUUCAUUUUGGAUAGCUUCAUGCAUGUCUUGAGGUUGGUGGGAGGUGUCAUCCAGUAAGCUUCAGUACCAUAUGGCUUUUCUCCUUGGCUAGUACAGACUGAGAUCAAAAAGGCUGAGGAUGGAAACUCUGAGACUUGCUUGAAAAUAAUACAAUGUACCCUUCAAAACAAGUUACAAAGCUAGCUAAAGGGGUGGAGAAACAGAUACCACCUUUUGAUGGGAGAAGCUUUAAAUAAUUUGUGGCCAGUUUUCAUCCUCAAGGAUCAGUACCCACUAUUUGUUGGAUAAAAACUCAAGAGAUGACCUGGAUGUUGAAAGCUUUGGGUUUUCCUACAUAGUUACAAACAACUGGGCAGAUGUGGAGUAUUAAGUUAGGAAUUUAAAAAGUCAUUCAGUCAGAAAAUUCUAUGAUACUGUUUGCUACCUUUGGCCAUCUGGAACACAAGUUAGUUUUGUUGUUUGAUUAAUGAGGAAACUGAGCUGUGACUUGUCCAUGUAGCACACCCAACCUCAUGAGGGAGGCACGUUGGGUUAGAACGUGGUCAAACCAUGCUUCCCACUUCCCAGACCUAUAGUCUGUGCAGUAGAGCCCUCUCCGGUGGAAGAUAAUGCAGCCAAAAUAGGCCUUUAUCUUGAAGGUAUCCGCAAGCUGAAAGUAGUGCUGUGCACCGGUGAAGGUAAUGAAAAGUGCUUUAACAUCCCAAGUCUUUGGAUCUUAAAUUAUAUCAUAAAAAGAAACAUAUUGUGUGGGACAUUUCCAUAGUGUCCUACUUUAAAAUUUAAAAAUCUAACUAUCACCAGAAGCAAUCAUAAAUUAAUCAUUAGCAGUGUUUGUAAGAAUCUUUAUUUCAUAUGUGUAUGUCUAUGAUUAUAAUCUCAAAGAGGAAAGUUUGUAAUAUCUGAGGUCUCCCUUUUCGGUAAAACUUUGAAAUGUCUUUCUUUGAGUCUUUAUAAAACACUUUUGAAUUUUAGGUGUUUGUGGGUUGUAUUUGUGUUGCUGUAAUGGAGAUGACAGUCAAUUUUUAGUCAUUAGUACAGAAUGUUCAAAUUUGAAAGCCAUAUUCUGUUGUAGAGAGAGAAAAAUGCAGUUGGCUUUGGGUUGGUUUUAUUGUCUCUUUUAGAAUUGUGCAAGUUAAUAAAGGAACUAGUUAAGAAUUGGUGAAUAAUGUGAAGAAAACAACUAUCUUUACACUGUAUGGAUAGAAUCAACUUCACAGAAUUGUAUGAAAAUUGGCUGCAUUGGAAGGAACAGGGAUGAAUAUUAAAAAUCCAAUUCUUUCAGUUGGAGCCUUACUUUUCCAAAUACUUAUACUUUCAAAUAUGUUUAGAAAAUAAUCCGCUUUUAAAACCUGUCUUACACUGAUGAUAUGAACUCUCCUGUGAGUAUUAAUCCUAUUCUAGUUGGAUUAUAAAUGAGCUCAAUAACUCAAGGACAUUUUACUAAUCGGUUGAAAUCUGUUGUCAAUGACUAUCAUUGCCCUCAUUUAAGGCACAUUUCAAGUAAAAUGUGUUUUUCUUCUAUUGAAUACCAAAAGGAUAAAGCUUCAUGUAUCAAAAUAAAGUUCAUCAUCAAAGACAAAACAUGGUAUUGUCAAAUGUGCUAAUAUAUAUCUUUAUUAUUAAAUUAAGUCGCGGUGUAUUUGCUUUCUUUAUUACAAACUGUAAAGUUAUGUGAAAACAUAUAGGAGUAUAGCAUUAAAAGAUACACUAAAAGAAACGAUGACUAAUUUAUCAUAAUCUGACUCAUUUCUAAUUCCAUGAGAGAGCCAAAAGUGCCAUUUGUAAAUCUAUUUAAUGAUGAAUGUUUUCUGAAGGCCUUUUGUCAAGAAAAAAAAAAGUGUGCAUUAAAAAGCUUUUUCUGUAUUACUUCUGAUUCAGAAUCACUUCCUUCCUACACAAGUCAGUAUGGAUGGGCAUUCUAGAAUAUUCUAUCUACAUGGUAGUGGUAGAAAUAUUCUACCACUCUGGGAGAAUUUUAUUUUUUGUUUUAAUUUUCAACAAACAGAGAUUAGAAUUUGAGUAUAAAAGGAGUUCUUUUCUGAA